GACAUAUAGCUCCGUUUGUGGAAAACCAUACUUAUUAUUAUUGUAUUUUGAGCCUUUGUCAAUCCGGCGCAUUCGUACUUUCAUGGUCAACAUGUUUUCGAUUCGCAACAUUCUCACUCUCGGCCUAGCGGUUGCACCUGCUGCUGUUUCUGGCUAUGCCAAUGAGGAGAACUGCAAAGACUUUGGGAAUUUGAAGUUGGCCUAUGCGCGUGGUACGGGGAAGAUUGGCGGGCAACCGUUCUGCGCAGGAAAGUUGAAGAACCAACGACUCAUCAAUGGUCUCGAGUGCUGGGCCGAUAGCAAUAGUCUUCGCGGUCUCAUGUUUCACUACAGCGACGGCUCGAAUCAGAUGUUCGGAAAGCAAGACGGUUGGAGUGGCCGGAAAGUCAAUAGCAGAGUCGAUUGGGAUCCGAUCAACCAGCGGGUUGACUACAUCAACCUUUGGGACAAUGGCUGGGCCGGAUCAAUGGGAGUUAUCGACAUGCAAGUCCAGGGCGGUAAAAAAAUGACAUGUGGAAAAUAUGAUCACUGGGGCGACCCAAGCGUUCGUGUUGACACAGGCGCCAGAGGAAUGAUGAUCGGAGCCGAAGGAGGGCAUGGUGAUAGUAUUGACCAUAUCAAGUUCCUCUUCACCUCCGCAGGCCCGAGCGGACUUGACAUCGUGAGCAUGCAACUUCCAGGAAACGGAUCCACAGAGGGAGUGAGGCGCGGCACUCGCGACACAUUCCACUUCGUCAACCGCCGGGAGACCGAACCACUCGUCAUCGAGGAUAUCGAGAAGCAGACCUUCAAGCGCACAAUGAGAUACUGGAGUACAAAGGAUACGGAAACAUUUGGCUUCGGGCAAAAGUUUACGGUCGGGCUUGACAUUCCUACGAUAUCAACUUCGAUUGGAUCCGAAACCGAAAUGACUUGGAGCACUGAGAGCGUUCGAGAGACGAAGAACAUUGACGACACAAAGGUGGAUUUCAAAUACAAAAUCCCGUCGCUAACGGUUCAGCCCGGCAAGGCCGUAUUCGUCGAUGUUUUGAGUUGGACGGCCUCGGUACCGCAGAAACCCUACGAUGCCCAAAUGAAAGUGUCUUUUGGGCCCGACAGUUCUUGGCUAUACAAGACGACGAUCAUCUACGAGUCGUACGAGGAUUCUGGCAUGUACUUCGACAUUAACGACGAGUCUGUUGAAGAUGCCGAAAAACGGAUUGGCAAGGGAGGUCAAAAGGAGCUUGACAAGAAUGGAAAUGAGGUAACAGAAGCAGAUAGGAAGAGAGCAAAGGAGGAGGCUGAGGAGAAGAAGAAGCAAGAAGCUGAAGAGAAAAAGAAGGAGGAGGAGGAAGAAGAAGAGAAGGAGGAGGAGGAGGAGGAGGAGGAGGAAGAAGAAGAAACAGAGCUAGAGGAGGAAGAAACAGAGCCAAAGGAGGAAGAAACAGAGCCAGAGGAGGAAGAAACAGAGCCAGAGGAGGAAGAAACAGAGCCAGAGGAGGAAGAAACAGAGCCAGAGGAGGAAGAAACAGAGCUAGAGGAGGAAGAAACAGAGCCAGAGGAGGAAGAAACAGAGCUAGAGGAGGAAGAAACAGAGCUAGAAGAGGAAGAGAUGGAGCCAGAGGAAGAAGAGAUGGAGCCAGAAGAGGAAGAGAUGGAGCCAAAGGAGAAGCGAGCCAUCCCCUUCCGAGCCUAGAUUCAUUCACUUUGGACAACUCACGUCGACUCUACUUCUU